AUGGCCUCUGAUGGGUCUCCUCGAGAGAAGCAGAAGAAGAAGAAGAAGAAAGCGGACCGGAGCGGGACGGACAGAGCCGAUGCGGAGGAGACGGACGCUCAGCUGGAGAUUCAGAGACUGACCGCAGCUGGACAUGCAGCCCUGCAGAGCGGAGACAAUAACGCAGCGCUGCAGAGCUUCAGGAGCGCAUUAAAGGCUGCCUCGAAGCUCAGAGAGAAGAAACUGCAGCGGACGUGUGCGUUCAAUCUGGGCGCGGCGUACGUGGAGGCGGGCGAGCCUCAGAAGGGCCUGGAUGUCCUGUCGAGCACACAGCCGGGCGAGAGAGGCGAGCGCAUCGCAGACCUGCAGUUUAACCUGGCCACGGCCCACGAGGCUCUGGGGGACCGAGCGCAGGCGGUCAGACACUAUCUGCAGGCCGCUCAGCUGUACAGAUCACAGGGAGACGCCGGAGCCGAGGGGGACGCCUGUGUGAGGCUCGCACACUGCCACCUGCUGGGGAAGGAGUGGGACGAGGCGGCAGCGGGUUUCCAGCGAGCCGCUGAGAGUUAUAAGGUAGCGGGAAACGCAUCCGCAGCUGCUCUGGCACUGAAGGAUGCUGGGAAACACAUGCUGCAGAGCGGCCGCAGCUCCGGCGAUCACAUCAUCAGCGUGCUGACCGACAGCCUGGAGAUGAGCAGCGGUAUGAGCGACCAGCACGCGCUAGGGAAGCUGCUGAGCGACGUGGCUCUGAGUUUCUCUCAGAUGAGGCUGUUCUCCGAGGCGUCCGAGUGUUACGAGCAGGCUCUUCCUCUGGUCUCCUCCAAACCACACAGACUGGCUGUGGUUCUGCAGAAUCUGGGAGCCGUCUAUAACAGUUUGGGUCAGUACCAGCAGUCUCUGAGGUUCCACAGAGAGGCAGCGGCGCUCCACGGAUCUCUGGGCAGUCGUGGAGCUCAGGGUCGCUGCUUCAGCAAUCUGGGUUUCGCUCUGGUGGAGCUGGGAGAGCUGGAGGAGGCAUGGGAGAGUUACCUACACGCACAGCAGGCCUUCAGAGACACCGACGACCCGUCCGGUCAGUGGCAGGCCUGUGAGGGUCUCGGUGGGAUCAAACUUCAGAUGAGGGACCCAGAGAAAGCCGCCAUGUACUAUCAAGACGCCCUGCGCCUGCUGUGCAAAUGCCAGGACGUGUCUGGUUCAGUGCAGGAGCGUCUGGUCAGUGAACUGAGUGAAGCGUUACAGCAGAAGCUGCUCCUACAGCAGCGUACCGUCCCAGAGAGACGUCAUAACCGGCGCCAGCCACGGACGAUGGCUGUGAGGUCUGACGCCCAGCCGUGGAGAAGAGAGAUGCAGAACGGAGAGAACACACCCCCAGACGGGAAACAGCAGAGCCAAACCAUCACGUCCUCAGAGACACUCCUGCAGCAGGAACAAGAACAAGCUGAUCAUCACAACACACUGCCAGAGGCCAACAGGAAUCUGAAUAACACAUACGAUAAAGCAGAGAUGAAUCAGAUCCUUCCAUCAGAGCCGCCGGGAUCGCCAGCACACGGUCAGUCUGAACAGAUCAGAGUCUCCAGAGAACACUUCAGACUAAAGAAAUCUGACUUUACCUUCACAGCUGAACCCGUGAAGCCGGGGCCGGCGCAGAUGAACGGACACUCAUUGGUCGGGAGCCCGGUGACUCCGCCUCCCAGUGCUGAGGCCACGCCCCUGACGAGACGACUGAAGUCCAGAUUCUGCACGGUCAUGUGA